AUGCUUAUUGCGAAAGGGAACUCGGAGGCGUUGAUUCAUGUUACGAGUGGUGGUAAGAAUAGUAAAGUGAGUAGUGUUGAAGAAAUGAAGGUUGGUGGUAGAGAUGGUGGUGGGAACAAGAGUGAAUCGGUGAUGUUUUCGUUGGGAUUGACUAUUGGUGGUCCGGUUGUUUUGAAAGUUCCUGGUAGUUAUCCUGGUAGCGUUGGUUUCAACUCAAAUGGUUCUGUUUAUCUUGAUGGAAUGAAACUUGUUUUCGAAUCUGAGAAAGCAGAUUGGAUAGGAACCGAUAAAGUGAUUGGUUGUGGAUUUGAUCCAAGGCAUAAGAAAGUUUUCUUCACGUUAGACUCGGAAUUGAUGCAUGUAAUCCACUGCCAGACAGAAGAAUUCAGCACUCCGUUGUAUCCAACAUUGGCUGCAAAUAUAGACAUUACGGUAUUGGUUAAUUUCGGACAAAAUGCAUUUAAAUAUGCACCUGCGAAUGCUCAAAGAACACCGAAUCCAUGUUUGGUAGCACCGCUGGUAAAUUCUCCUGCUGCAACCAUAGGUUAUGAUGAUAGCAGGGAACUGUUUUCUAUGGGUAGGAUUGAUUCUCAGUGGCUUAAUAGGACUACAAACAAAGGAAGCCAUAACAAUAACAAUGUGAACAAUAGUUCAACCAUGGAUUUUGAUCAAGAGUCUGAGGCUGAUUUGUUUGAAAUUGCAAUUGAUGGUUCUGGAAAGUCUACAAUUACAACAUCAUAG